UUCAUUUGAUCACCAUCAUCUGAUCCCAUUAAACCUCUCUCUCUCUCUCUCUCUCCUUUCAAAAGACAUGCAUUAAAAAUAAUAAAACAACACUCCUGAGAGCCUCCAGCUUUUAUCUCCUUGUCUGCCAUGAGAAUCCCAUUAAAUACCUCUUCGCUUGCUUUAUUCACGCGCACUUCCUCUAUACAGACAUUUUGUUCUGUAGAAAGCAACCCGGGACUCGCCGGGAAACAGUGUUACUGACUUGUUAUUUUCCGGCGAUGUUUACUCUUCUCAGCUUAUUCUUCCUGUGACGUCUUAUGGAAAUGGGUUAAUGCUUGUUCUUUUUUCUGUUCUUAUACUCUUAGCUCUUGCACCCUGUUUCUCUUGUGACGUUUAGAUCGUAAAGCUUUCGUCUUUCGAUCAUAUUCUGCAAAAUCGGCAUUGAAAUUUAAUUGCUCACUCUGUUCUCUCAUCUGGCCAUCCUCUUAAGUUACCAAAACCCAGCUGACUACUAACCAACGAGCAUUAAAAAUGAUCACUUUAACAGACCUCUACCAUGUUCUCACCGCCGUGGUGCCACUAUAUGUGGCGAUGAUCCUGGCCUACGGCUCUGUCAAGUGGUGGAAAAUCUUCAGCCCUGAUCAGUGUUCCGGCAUCAACAGAUUUGUUGCUCUGUUUGCGGUUCCUCUUCUCUCUUUUCACUUCAUCUCCACCAACAACCCGUACACCAUGAACUUAAAGUUCAUAGCCGCUGACACACUCCAGAAAGUAAUCGUGUUGGGAGUUUUGGCCGUCUGGUCAAGAACUAGCUCGAGAGGCUCCCUUGAGUGGUCCAUUACUCUGUUCUCCCUCUCAACACUGCCCAACACUCUUGUCAUGGGCAUCCCUCUCUUGAAGGGCAUGUAUGGAGACUUUUCAGGCAGCUUAAUGGUUCAGAUUGUUGUGUUACAGUGUAUAAUUUGGUAUACGUUAAUGCUAUUUCUCUUUGAGUACAGAGGAGCAAGGCUCCUCAUUGCAGAGCAGUUUCCUGACACUGCUGGGUCUAUCAUUUCGUUUAGAGUCGAUUCUGAUAUUAUUUCCUUGGAUGGCAAAGAGCCACUGCAGACUGAAGCUGAGGUUGGAGAAGACGGUAAACUUCACGUAACCGUUAGGAAAUCAACGAGCUCUCGAUCAGAGAUCUUCUCUCGCCGAUCACACGGCCCCAACUCCGGCCUUUCUCUUACACCAAGACCAUCUAACUUAACAAACGCAGAGAUUUACUCUCUGCAAUCAUCAAGAAACCCAACGCCAAGAUGCUCUAGUUUCAACCACACUGAUUUCUACUCCAUGGUGAACGGUAAAGGCGGCACUAAUGUAAGCCCAAGGCAAUCAAAUUUUGGGAACUUGGGGUUUGAUGAAGAGAACGCAGUCGGUGUUUUUGGGAAUGCCGGGAAAGCAGCUAACGGGAGUGCUUACCCGGUACCCACAAACGCCGGAAUCUUUUCCCCAGUUGCAGGUCCAGGAGCAGCGAAGAAGAAAGUCAAUGGCGCUGAAGUCGGCAAGGAUCUGCAUAUGUUUGUUUGGAGCUCCAGUGCGUCCCCGGUAUCAGAAGGAGGAAUUCAUGUCUUCAGAGGUGGAGAAUAUGGCAAUGAUCUCGGUGGGGUAGCUCACCAGAAAGAUUAUGAAGAAUUUGGACGAGAUGAGUUCAGUUUUGGCAACAGACGUGUAGGAAAUGGGGGUGAGCAGGAUGGUCCAGUUCUUUCUAAGUUGGGUUCGAGCUCCACGGCUGAGCUGCAUCCUAAGGCUGCCCAAGGUGAAUCCAAGCCAUCUGCCAUGCCACCUGCUAGUGUCAUGACCAGGCUUAUUCUGAUCAUGGUCUGGCGAAAACUAAUCAGGAAUCCAAACACUUACUCCAGCCUCGUUGGCCUCACUUGGUCUUUGGUCUCUUUUAAGUGGAACGUUGUUAUGCCUGCAAUUGUCGCUGGUUCAAUCAAAAUUCUGUCAGAUGCAGGUCUUGGGAUGGCCAUGUUUAGUCUUGGUUUGUUUAUGGCAUUGCAGCCAAGGAUUAUCGCCUGUGGAAACUCAGUUGCGGCAUUUGCAAUGGCGGUCCGGUUUCUCACCGGUCCUGCUGUUAUGGCUGCUGCGUCCAUUGUAAUAGGAUUGAAGGGAACUCUGUUGCACAUAGCCAUCGUACAGGCAGCUCUUCCACAAGGGAUUGUCCCUUAUGUCUUCGCCAAGGAAUAUAAUGUUCAUCCGGAUAUUUUGAGCACCGGGUUAGCUUAG